GCGUCACGUGACGCGGCCGGCCGCGGCCCGCCCCCCGCGGCACCGAGCAAAGGAUUAUGGCACAAGCUCAGGGUUUGGGGAGGAGAUACAUUAAAGCCUUUUUUAAAGGUUUCUUUGUUGCCGUUCCUGUAACUGUGACUUUUCUGGAUAGAGUUGCCUGUGUCGCAAGGGUGGAAGGAGCAUCAAUGCAGCCUUCUUUGAAUCCUGGAGGAAGAGAAGCAUCUGAUGUAGUACUCUUGAACCACUGGAGCAUUAGAAAUUAUGAUGUACAACGUGGGGACAUUGUGUCACUGGUGUCUCCUAGAAAUCCUGAACAGAAGAUCAUUAAACGAGUGAUUGCUCUUGAAGGAGACAUUAUUAAAACCAUUGGAUACAAAAAGAAGUAUGUGAAAGUUCCACAUGGUCAUAUUUGGGUGGAAGGGGAUCACCAUGGGCACAGCUUUGACAGCAACGCUUUUGGUCCUGUUUCUCUUGGACUUCUACAUGCCCGAGCCACUCAUAUUCUCUGGCCUCCACAACGCUGGCAGAAGUUACAGCCGAUGCUUCCUCCGGAGCGCAAACCGCUCCACAGGGAGCAGGAGUGAUCUGAACACUCAGGCAGGAAAACAGUGACACGAAGUUCAACCAGAAAGAGUUGCAGUGGUUAUACCAUGAUCUGUAAGAGCUUUGCCAUGUCCUCUGACAUCAGUGUCAUGUCAAUAAAUACAUGUGACAUCUAAAUGUUACAAUGCCACCAGAAAUUCUUCAUGUUUCUUUUGCUCGUCUGUUCUAUUGUUUGAUGGGUUUUAAAAAUUCCCAACAUUAGGGCAUUGUAUAUUAAUUCAGUUUGAAAUAAUUGGUUGUAGAGGAACUGAAUGUUCAUUUUCUUUCUGGAAGCGGUAACAUGCUUGGCUUAUGUCUGUACCUGUGCUUCUCUGGACAAGAAAUUAUUAAAACCUUCAAUAAACUAUUUUGAUCUUUUACAUUCUGCAUGGAAAUGAUUAAUAUUGAUUGCAUAUGAAAAAAGGAAAAAAACACCCAAAACAUAUAUACUUUGAAUUGUCCUAUAAUUACUAGUAAUGAGGAAUCAGUACUUCUGUAGGUGAAAAGUUUUUAAUGAAGCUUAUUUCUGUUAUUAAACUGAGUGCCUAUUACUUAUUUCUAUUUUCUUUUUCAGGAUAAAAAUAGUUUUAUAUAAAUAUUCCCUGUAUAUCUUUCUGAAUUAGAUAUUCAGUCAAAUUGUACAAAUGAUAUUGCAUUAUUUGAAGACAGUAUUUAAUUAAUUUUUUUAGUAGAGUAAAUCUUUGUUAGUACUGAUUGCCACAUUUCUUUGAAACUAUGUAAUUAGAUAAGAAAUAUGUGAUUAAUAUUCUAGUAUAUAGUUAUUAUUAUAAUAUACUCUGUGAAUAGGUAGUAAAUCUGCAUACAUUGUAAGUGAAAAAAACUUGGAAAAUUACACAUUUUCAAUGACAAAUCAA